CUGACGGCGGUGUAAGCAAGCAAGAGUUCGACAGCGGCUGGAGACAAGAGGGAUUCCCCAACCCACAAAACGCUCCCCUUUACUUCCUCGAGUUGGACAGAGUAGCAGAUGAGGUCCUCAACUCCCAGGACUUCCCACACAUCUUCCACCUCUUCGACGAA